CUUAGCUCUAGGUCCCUGGGGAGAGAGGCGGGCCCUUCCCGGGGACAGGCUGGGCCCCUGCCAGGGCUCUGGGUCUGGGUCCGCCCUGUCCUGCCCCGCCCCGCCCUUCUCUGCCUCACACCGAGGCGCCACCACGGUGCGGACGGGCGCGGGCCAUGGAGCGGACGGCGGGCAAGGAGCUCGCCCUGGCGCCGCUGCAGGACUGGGGCGAGGAGAGCGAGGACGGCGCGGUGUUCAGCGUGGCUCUGCGGCGGCAGCGCAGCCAGCGCUCAGGCCCGGGAGCAGGGCCCGCGCGCGGCCAGCCCCCCGCGGCCGACACCUUCCUGCACUACCGCACCAGCAAGGUGCGGGCGCUCAGGGCGGCGCGGCUGGAGCGGCUGAUGGGCGAGCUGGUGUCCGGCGACCGCGAGCAGGACCCGAGCUUCGUGCCCGCCUUCCUGGCCACCCACCGCGCCUUCGUGCCCACCACCUGUGUGCUGCGCUUCCUGCUCCCCCCACCGCCGCCCCCACUGCCUGCAGGGACAGACCGAGAGAAGACCAAGGGACGUGAGCUGAGCCUCAGCAAGAAUCUGAGGGCUGUGGUGUCCGUGCUGGGCUCCUGGCUCCGAGACCACCCUCAGGAUUUCCGAGACCCUCCUGCCCACCCGGACCUGGGCCGCGUCCGGGCCUUUCUGGGCUGGGCUGCCCCAGGGGGUGCCGAGGCUCGAGAGGCGGAGAAGCUCCUGGAAGACUUCUCAGAGGAGACAGAUGGAGAGCAGGAAGAGGAGAAGCCCGUGCUGUGGGCAGGACCUCCCAGGGCCGCCCAGCCCCCUACUCCAGACCCUCCCGAAGGCUUCCCAGAAGAGGAGGAAGGUCCCGAGCUCCUGGACUUCAGCGUGGACGAGGUGGCGGAGCAGCUGACCCUCAUGGACGCGAAACUCUUCUCGCGGGUGCGGCCCUGCGAGUGCCUGGGCUCCGUGUGGUCGCAGCGGGACCGGCCGGGGGCCUCCGGCGUCGCCCCCACGGUGCGCGCCACGGUGGCCCAGUUCAACGCGGUGACCGGCUGCGUGCUGGGCUCGGUGCUCGGGGCGCCCGGCCUGGCAGCCCCGCAGAGGGCGCAGCGCAUAGAGAAGUGGAUUCGGAUCGCCCAGCGCUGCCGGGAGCUGCGGAAUUUCUCCUCCUUGCGCGCCAUCCUGUCGGCCCUGCAGUCCAACCCCAUCUACAGGCUUAAGCGCAGCUGGGGGGCCGUGAGCAGGGAGCCACUCUCCACUUUCAGGAAGCUUUCACAAAUUUUCUCGGAUGAGCACAACCACCUCAGGAGCAGAGAAAUUAUCUCCCAGGAGGAGGCCACAGAGGGACCCCAAGAGGAGGACAGUACCCCAGGAUGCCUCCCCUCAAAACUGCCCUCAGGUCUUGUUCCCUACCUUGGCACCUUCCUCACGGACCUGGUCAUGUUGGACACAGCCCUGCCAGAUGUGCUGGAGGGGGACCUCAUCAAUUUUGAGAAGCGGAGGAAGGAGUGGGAGAUCCUGGCCCGAAUCCAGCAGCUUCAGCGCCGCUGUCAGAGCUACGGCCUGCAUCCCUGCCCGCCCAUCCUGGCCGCCCUGCGUGCCCAGCGCCAGCUCAGCGAGGAGCAGAGCUACCGAAUGUCCCGCGUCAUCGAGCCUCCCGCCGCCUCCUGUCCCAGCUCCCCGCACAUCCGGCGUCGCAUCAGCCUCACCAAGCGGCUCAGUGCGAAGCUGUCCCGGGAGAAGAGCGCGCCCCCCGGUGGGAGUCCCGGGGACCCCUCAUCGCCCACCCCCAGUCUGCCCCCAGCGUCCCCCCCAUCCAGUCCCGGAGCCAAGGACCCUCCUGCCGGAAGUCCCCCCAGCUCUCCAGGCCCCCUGAGCUCCUGCAGCAAGCUGCCCCUGAGCCUGGACCCGCCCGGCCCCCGGGCCUCUGCGUUGCUUCCUGCAGAGCAGAGCUCCGAAGCACGCAUCAUCCGAGUGAGCCUCGACAACGACCACGGGAACCUGUACCGGAGCAUCCUGCUCACCAGCCAGGACAAAGCCCCCGGAGUGGUCCAGCGUGCCCUGGAGAAGCACCAUGUGCCCCAGGCCGGGGCCCGAGCCUACCAGCUCCUCCAGGUCCUCCCUGGGGACAGGGAGCUUCUGAUUCCUGACAAUGCCAAUGUCUUCUACGCCAUGAGUCCGGCCGCCCCUGGUGACUUUGUGCUACGGCGGAAGGAGGGGGCUCGGCCGGCAGGCUCUGUUUCCCCAACCUGAGGAAGCCUUCUCCUCCUGCCGCCCAGGGAGAGAAUUGAAAACUGGAUCAGAGACAAAUAACUUCACAACUCAGGAGUCCAGAACAUCUUAGCAGGAUUCGUUGCUGUCUCAGCCCUGAUUUGCGCUGACAGUGACACUGUCCAUUGUCCCCUCAUAGCCGAUCGCCUUCUGAAGUGGAUGUACUGUAAAAGCCACAUUUCCUAACUGCCCCCCAAAGAGAUGAAGGACCGCCCCGUAAGAUAUCAAAGGAAGGAGCCCCACAGCCUGCCCUUGAAGGGCAGCUCUGUGUGUCCUGUCCUGCUGCGUCCCUUUCCCUUCCUGCCGCGAGGAAGGAAGAUGAGGAACGGAUCACCGCGGCUUCUGUGGUCCCUCAUUCUCUAACGGAGCAGCAACCUGGAAGGAGCCUGGGCCUCCGCAACUAUGGAGCUUGCUGUCACUUGGCGUGUUACCUAAGAAAUAAACUCCAUCUCACUAAA